AUGAUUCUUUCGCUGACCCAGGGCCCGGAAGAGCCAGCGACUGCCACCGUGACCGAGCCCGCGGCUGCGAACGCCACGGAAACGGCGACGGAGGCGACGGAGAAAGCGCCCAAACCGCCGAAGAAGGCGGAGGCGGAGGCGGAGGCCGCGGCGGAGCCGGAGGCGCCUCCGGCCACCGCCGAAACGGCCGAAGGCAGCAAGAACUGGGCAAACACUGUGGACGGAAUUGUCCGAACGACGAAGGAAGCUUGGAUCAGCGGCAGCGGCAAAAUCGACAAGACCAUGACGUGCGAGACGGCGCAGCGUGGCGAUGAGUGCUGGACUGCCGUGACCUGGGCCAUGAACGACGGGAUCUAUGAGCAUCCCGAGUGGUGGCCCGAGCUGCAAGCGGGAGCUUCCAGCUUCGAGGACUUCCAGGGCCACCAGCAUCUCAUGAAUGCGACGCUGUGUCCACAGCCAUGCAUGCUCAGGUACGACGUCUACUCAGAGCCGACCUACCGAUCCUCCCGCGAGUACGCCAUGAAGGGCGUCUCCUACGGCGCGUCGCCUCUGAAGUCCACGAAAGUUUUGCUGACGGACGACGACUUCAUGACGGACAUUACUGGAGCGAUGUGGGACAGCUGGGGGCGUGGGGAUCUGGACGUCCUGGCAUCCAUGGGGGUGAACACGCUCCGGAUGUACGGAAACGACUUGCUCUUUGGCUGCAAGCUCGCAUCCCCAACCAUGGCCCGGAACGGUCCGGCAAGUCCAAAACCCGAGCUCUCCGAACGCUGCGCGGUGACUUUGAGUCCACGACAGCUCCAAGUUGAGGUGCUGAGCCCUCUGUAG